AUGUUCCGAUAUGAAUGUUUGGGGCAGAAGGCGCUAAUGGGCAAUGGUCUUACGCGGUGGUUAUUGCAAGCCUCCAGCGUAUUCCUUGCCCUAGCUUUGCCUCGGCGAGGAACAGUCCCACGGCUAUCUCAAGCCAAGCAUCUUAUUAUGCUUCAUCGAGAAACGUGCCACCAGCAGGGUAUCGACGUUAUAUGUUACCAAUCCAAUGUGAACUUUCAUGUGCAACCGAGUGGACGAUGUUUGCGAGGUUUACGAGGCGGUUCGAGUAUCUCGAGUGGCAAAACCAAUACGAGAGAGGUUUGGGUUUCUAGUGGAGUGAGAGGCGGUAUUACCGGACAAAAAGGAACAGUUUGA